AUGGUGACAUCGAUAAAAUGUUUGCAAAACGUCUUACUUCUUGCUGUAUUUGUCCAUGCCUUUGUAGUUCAGCCACAGAAUGAGAGAAUCGAAGCGAUUGUAACUACCGGAAACUCUGAUGAAUCUCAUCAUGAAGACGAUCAUUUGGCCGGAACCAACGCUGAUCCGAGCUGUUUCGAAGGAGAGGAGCCUACUGAGGAGGAGGUGGCCCUUGCGAUGCGCUUACAAAAUCCCUGUGACAUGUUGAAAGAAGACGAUCCGAGCGCAGGAAGAAGCUACGAGGAGUCUGCGCAAAAGACUUCGUUUGACAGAGGUGCUCAUACCCAGGGGGAGGAAACAACGCCCUGUUCGGCAUGUGGUUCUUCUGAAGAACCUCACUUCGUUCACUAUAAGAAAUGCGAGACGGCAAUAGGUUCGGCUGGUGGUGCUUUCAUCUGGCGGUACCGUUGUGGAAAAGAGGAAUGCGCUCAAUUUUUUGGAGAUUUCUAUGCUUACGAUAAGGUGUCGAACUCCUUCGUGAGGGUCUCAGAAGAUGGAGGAGUUCCAGAGGACGCUGAAGACGAAAAUGGCGACGUAGAAGAGCAACCUAUUCCACAGGCAACCGAAGCACCGCCAACAAUUGUAGAUCAAUCACCGGAAGAAUCACCACUCGAAGAAAGACAAGGAAGCAAUUGCGAUAGUGUUGAAACGACAGCAGAUUCAUCAGGAGAUCCAAGAAGUAGACGACGACAGAGAGCUACAGCGCGAAAGAAAACUGCUACACCUAGUAUAACUAAGGUCUCACCUAACAGCAAAAAGCUCGAGAAGCGAUCAAACAAUCGAACAAUUAAAAUUGUUCAUAAAACGCCUCCGAAGCGCAACUCCAAAUCUCCUCCGAAAGCUCCUGUAAGAACUGCUAAGCCUGUUAAAUCUGCGAAAGUCCUGAAAACACCAGCACCGAAACGACGGAGAGAGAAGACUUUGGAACCAGCUAUAUCCGAUGCCGCAAUUGUUCCUAAGAAAUUACGUAAGGGAUAUGUUUUGGAGCCUAUUUCCCCUUCACUGCAGCACCUUAACUCAUUAGAGAACCCUCCGAAUAUGAACGGUACACAGCAGCCGACCUACAGCGAAAGUAGUACCCAAACUUUGGGAGGAACGCAUUACUUUUCUGUUUUGAUUGAGGAACUCAUUAACGGAGAAGCAGACUUUUACUCUGGCACGACAUCAGAAGCGAGACCAAUCCUCCCGACCCAUAUAUCACGCCGAUUAAUGGUAAGCCAGCAACUAUUGAAACGCCAGUCCGAAGAAUUGUUGCAAGCGCAUGAGGAGAACAAACGCCUAAUGACACUCGUAACCCUUAUGAAUGCAGUGGUAAAGAAGUUCAGAGAUGAGUACACUCCAGAACUUAGACAUCUUCGUGAUACAAUUGGGGUUAUAAAAAGAGAGUUCUCAUUUUAUCAAGAUGAAUUUGUGGUUGAAGCGAAAAAAAGUAUUGACAGCAUCAAUAUGCAAAAGAACGAAGUUCAACAGAGAAUAGAUGAUGUGGAGCGGAAAAAUCGGCUGCUUAAUGCCCGGAUAGACUUGCACAUCAAGGAGAAGGAAGCGAUUGAAGAACGUGCUGAUGGAUAUCUAAGAGAAAUAAGCGCUCGUGACCGUGAAGUUAUUCUCGCAAACAAAGCUCGUGAUAGAGCUGAGCGAAAGCUCGGUGACACUCUCUACGUUGCAAAUAAUGCGAAAUGUGCUCAUUGUCAAAUCAGUGAUAAAAUGCGGAAACACUUGACUGAUGUUGUAGCCGAGAAGACCGUUUUAUUGGAAAAAUGUCAGAAGGAGUGUAUAGAUGCUGUACGACGCGCUGACCAAGCGGAUCGCAUUUCACAAAUACUGUCGAAGGAUAGUGAGAAACUGAGGUUUGAAUUGAAUAGGUGGAAGUCAGACGCUGAGCGCAACAUUACGGAGAUCACACGAUUAAAAGAAGAACUCAAGAAGGUUACCUCUAACGCCUCUGGUACUGCAGUUUCUAAUACAGCUUCACAAACCCCACGAAGCGAAUCUUUCACUUCGAAGCAAAGUAGCCAUUGCAACGCCUCUCCUGCUCCCAAUCAUGUUGGAAAAUUGCAAACAUCAAAUGAUUCUGGUUCCACUCCAAGCAAAGAGAUGCUAAAUUCAUCCCAAGAUGGUGUUGCCAAAAUAUUUGCCAACAAUGUCGAAGGGUCCGUCGUACGUCCACCACCAAUACCUCCAGUAAUGCCUACUCCACCGGAAGAGCCUGAUUCACCAUUUACCUCUUGGUUGCCAAAGGAACGUAGAGUCGAUUGUUCUCCUCCGGUAACGUUUUUCAAUUCCCCUUCUACUACCUCGAAGCAUGGCUGCCUUAUUCCAUCGGUGCGGAAGAAUCAUCCUUUCAAUGGUCCAGUGUUCAGUGAACGUUCUGCAGGAAGACGAAAUGGUCCAAGUGUGGGCUCAUCAUCAACCAAGGAGGAUGAAAAGAGUAUUGACAGGACCGGUGAAAAACUCUCAGAUCAGAGCAUAAGAAAAGUUGGGCCGCUGCAACCAGUUGUAACUGCAACAUCUACAGAAAUGGGCAACGUAAGGCAACAGCAUGAUACUAGGAGCAGCGAUCAGUCUUGCACUGGCGACAACGUGCCCAUGAUAGGGAAAUUGCCAUCGAAAAUGACCAGGAAUAACCAAAAGACGAACGGUGCUAACACAUCAACUUCACGCCUUUUUGAUGUUGGAGCUCAAAAAACAACAGCACAGCCUUCAUUGAGACAGUCUGGAAAGUCAGGGAAAACAAAGGUCAAGACUGCGAAGAAGAAUGUGUUCGGAGGACUACAUCAACACAAAAAUGCCAAAACUAUCCCAUCUUUGAUGUCAGUUUGUGGACCGCCACCGUUCAACGGUCCCGUGUCAUUCUUUGAAGAAGGACACCAUCGUAGUCGGUCACCUCCAGAGUCACAUCCUUCAGACACUAUACGUAUGAGAUUCUCAAGCUCGCCGCUUCCAUGGCAUCGCGGAGGCGCAGCCACUGAUUAUGAGGUGUGGGAUCGUGCUGGAUAUCCUCCAGCAUCACCAUCCCAGUUUGAAAGACGGAGUUUGUUCGACAAUGAUCUCCUCCCUGGUAGGCCUUUUACUCAAAGGGCAAGGAAGAACUUUUGGGAGCCAUAG